CGACGCAUUUCUUGUUCCUGAUAUAUCCAUAUCUACCGUUGGUGAUACAGUCAGAUCCAUCUAACAAGUGACCGUUCAUAUUGUUCUGGUCGAUCUGAAUCGCGCCAUCCAAGACUGGAAUGCAGAUCCCGUCGUGCCAGUAUCCUUGGCCGUUCUGGCCAGCGCAGGGCUCCCCUUGGUUGAUGGAUAAAAGUCCACCUCUGGUGUUCAUCGAAUGGGGAAUCCUAACGCAAUUUCCGAAUUGCAUGACUCCCGGAGCUCCAUUCACAAGUUGGCAAGGGACCCCAUCUUGCUGCGACUCAGACCGAGCAGCGACUCCAAGGGGAGACUGAGAGACUCAGCUCGUUUUCCACGUCCGGCUCACCAGGACGCAAAGCCCAUUGUUCAUGACACCAGGCUGUCCUCCGUUGAGGAUGCACCCGUCUCCAUUUCCGUAUGUCGGUCCAUGAGGAGCUCCAUAACCGUUGCCUAUGAGUGCAUGACCACCGUUGAGCAGACCAGUGCCGAGCAAGCCGUUGCCUAGAAGACCGCGGCCCUGAGGCAUCUGUUAGACC